AUGAAGUCUUAUGAUAAAAUAUCUUGUAAUAUACCUGAGAUAGCUUUCAUUUCAAGAAAUGUAAUCAUAAAUAAGUACAUAAAUAAUUCGUUUAAAGGUUUGAAUAAUGUAACUAAAAACAGAGAUUCCAUAUGUCACAUAUUAUACAGACUCAUUGUUAUAUCGAUAAUUGCUUUUUUAUAUAUUUAUCUUCAAUGUUCAUAUGAGUUAAAAGAGAAUGUAGCUAGGGAACUACAUUUCAGUGAAUAUCAUUCAAGAAUAUUGGUCCAACAAAAAAGUAAUAAUGCGAGAUCAGUAAAUAGAUAUAAUAUUGUUAAGGCACUUUUUAAAAAAAUAGAAGAUGAUUAUAAAAAUCACAAGAGUAAUAUUAUCAUGGGAAUGAUCUUUGGUAUGAAGAGUGAAUUGAUGGAUUCUCCUUCUUUAAGAGAUUAUCCUCUUGAUUUAAAAUAUUUUUUAUGGUUAAAGUGGUCUGAUUAUUUAAAUAUGCUAAUAAGUUCAUUGGAAUCUAAAGAACAUCGUGAGUUUGAUGAAAUAGAAAGAUCUGGACAUUCAAAUACCCGUGCUUUAAGUCUAUCUAAAAGAUUAAUUAAGGAAUUGAUUUAUUAA